AUGGCCGCCCUACCGGAUUUCGUCGACCGGUUUCGCGAGAUCGGUGAAAGCGAUCCAGCCACCCAAGGGUGCUGGUAUAUCGUUGCAGCCGUGGCAUUGACAGCCGCCGGGGAAGGUUCCUGCAUCGUGGAACUCUAUCAACGUGCAACGCAUGGGCUGACGCUGGAGGCCGAGAAAGCCGUCCAGCGUCGGCUCAAGGAGGCUCUUCUCAAGACCAGCAUCAUCUGUGGGAUUCCUCGCGCGCUCGAGGCGCUUCUCCCGUUGAUCAACAGUCUCAGCGAGGAACAAGUGGAGGAUUACGGCCCACGAACGGAAGCGAUGGAGCGCGGUGAAACGCGCGAACAGCGAAGGCACCGGGCACGCGGCUACCUCGACACCAUCUGGACCCCUGCAUAUGCGGGGGAAGGCCUCGGGGCCAUGUUGAAGUUCCACACUGAUCUCAAUCUGCUUGUUCUCGACGCCGUGUACGGGCUGUGGCUCACGGAGGACCGGAUCCUGGGUCCUGUCGAGACGCAGAUGUGCAACGUCGCGGCCAUGAUCUGCUCUAGUUGUCCGGUGCAAGCAACCUGGCAUACCAAGGGCUUGAUCAAGCAUGGAGGAGGCAUGCAACAGGCUCGUUUUGUCGAAGAGGUGGCUUUGGCUGUGGCAGCCCAGUAUGGAUGCAGCACCGCGGGCCUCGUCCCUGUCGACCGCAUUGAUUUUGACGAGUCCGUGGGAAUGUUGGAUCGGCCUGCAGAGUGA